UACAUUUCUCACCCGCUGAUUCACACCUCUCUUUAUUUCAUUCACCUCCUCUCCACCUCCCUCCCUCCGCCUCCACCACCACACCUGUUUUGCAAUCUUCUUUCCUAGUCUUUCUAUUUUCAUCCUUCCAUUUGGAUCUUUUCCUUUUUCUUUUAUUUGCCUGCCAUUUUUCCUCUGACUUGACUUGCUUAAUUUCCUGUCUCGUACCUUUGGCCGCGUAUUUGUGUCUUGGGUGUUGUGUCGCCGUUAUCUCCGUUGUGCAUUGCGAAUCCUCCCUGACCGGUUCGACUUGCCUUUCGGUCUUCAGCAGAUACCCGCGCUGCUUGGUUACACGCCCGCCCGUUAAGCCACGACGCAACCCACUCCCCCCGUUGACCCCUUUGAAUCCUCGAGCUUCCGUGGAGUCGAACUCGCCAUUACUCUCGUCUGUCGUGACCGUCGCAACCGUGUUUAUCAUUUGUGUUCAUAUACCCUCUAGAAUCAUAAAGCGAAGAUGGCGACAGGACCUGCGACUCAAUCCCUGAAGUGUGUGGUAACAGGUGACGGUGCUGUUGGAAAAACAUGUCUCCUGAUUUCGUACACAACCAACGCCUUCCCCGGUGAAUAUAUACCCACCGUAUUCGACAACUAUACUGCCAGUGUAAUGGUAGAUGGCAGACCGAUCAGCUUAGGACUUUGGGAUACUGCUGGACAGGAAGAUUACGAUCGUCUUCGCCCGUUGUCCUACCCGCAAACCGAUGUUUUCCUGAUCUGUUUCUCCAUUGUUAGCCCUCCCUCGUUUGAUAACGUGAGAGCCAAGUGGUUCCCCGAAAUCGAACAUCAUGCUCCCAACGUACCUAUCAUUCUCGUCGGUACCAAGCUCGAUCUGAGGGACGAUCGGGCCACUCUAGAAACUUUGCGCCAGAGGAAGAUGGAGCCCGUUUCCUACGAACAGGCUCUGGCCGUGGCCAAGGAAAUCCGAGCACACAAGUACCUGGAGUGCUCCGCUCUCACACAGCGUAACCUGAAAAGUGUAUUCGACGAGGCCAUUCGUGCUGUCCUCAACCCCCGGCCUACGGCGAAACCGAAGAACAAGAAAUGUGUCAUUCUGUAGAUCGUCUCCCCCUCACUGCAUCUUCCGACCUAUAAUAUAAAUAACUAAUUCGGCGUCUGGGUUUUGGCUGUAACGCCCCGCAUUUUGCUGGUUUUGGCUGGUUGUCCU